AUUUCGGGUCCCCCGAGUGCUGGGAAAAGGUCUGGUUUCUGAUAUUUUGCAUUUCUGUGCGUGUGUGCCUGUGUGUGCCAGCAGAAAAUCCCUCUAUCCUGGAAGAAUGGUGAAACUGGGGAAUAAUUUCAGCGAGAAGAGCACAAAGCAGCCCCUUUUGGAGGAUGGAUUUGACACCAUCCCCCUGAUCACACCCCUGGAUGUCAAUCAGCUCCAGUUCCCACCUCCUGAUAAGGUUGUGGUCAAAACAAAAACAGAAUAUGAACCUGAUCGCAAGAAGGGAAAGUUCCGUACUCCUAAAAUAGCUGAAUUCACAAUCAGCAUCACUGAAGGGGUUUCAGAAAGAUUUAAGGUAACUGUGCUGGUCCUUUUUGCCCUUGCAUUCUUAACGUGUGUUGUAUUUCUGGUAGUCUACAAGGUUUACAAGUAUGAUCAUUCCUGCCCAGAAGGAUUUGUUUUCAAGAACAAUCAGUGCAUUCCAGCUGGGUUGGAAAACUACUACUCUGAACAAGACUCCAGUGCUCGAGGGAAAUUUUACACAGUCAUAAACCACUACAACCUGGCCAAACAAACCAUCACGCGCUCCGUGUCCCCGUGGAUGACAGUACUGUCAGAAGAGAAACUGUCUGAACAGGAGACUGAGGCUGCUGAGAAAUCAGCUUAGUAUGAUAAGCUAAUUAUUUAAACUAUGUCAUUUGAAGGUAACUAAGGGACUUCAAGGAACUUUUCAUUAAAUAUAAUUAUGGAUAAUUUAGAGGUUACUCAUGUUUAUGGUGUAACUGCUUCUGUUUGCUGAUACUGCUUUGCAAAAAAAAAAAAA